GCGGGACACGGGCCCAUCCUCCGACGCCGCUAAUAAUUAACUGGAAAGGCAAGAUCGAUGGCUCGAGGGCUUUAUAAGGCCCGCGGCUGGGGACUCAGGCAUAAACUUCUGGGAUCCACAGAAAUCUUCUCCUUAGAGCAUUCUCUCACAUCUCUCUCGGUAAUGACUGAAGCCUUGGCCCCGGGGUGCUGCCCUCGCCGCUGCCCGCUGCUCCCCGUGGUCCUGCUCGCCUUCCAGAUCCACGUGCUGUCCGCGGCCGUGGUGUCCCCGAAGCCCCUGCACUGCGCCCCCUGCACUCCGGAGAAGUUGGCCCUCUGCCCGACCGUGCCCUCCGACUGCCCUGAGCUCGCUCGCCAGUCCGGCUGUGGCUGCUGCCAGACGUGCGCCUUGCAGUUGGGCGAUGCGUGCGGGGUGUACACGGCGCGUUGCGGCCAAGGGCUGAGCUGCCGGGCUCGCCCAGGUGAACCCCGGCCCCUGCAUGCUCUCACUCGGGGUCAGGGUGCCUGCAUACGGACUGCUGACGUGGAAGGAUCCCAAAGCUCCGAGUCUUCAGAUACUAAGGACCCUUCAGUUCCUGAAAACACAACUCCAGAGAGUGCAGAAAUGACGCAGGAGCAGCUUUUGGAUAAUUAUCACUUAAUCUUUCCCCCCACUGAAGAAAGACCCAUCCUCUGGAAUGCCAUCAGCACUUACGAAAAUAUCAAAUCCAAGAAAAUCUCUGACAUAAAGAAAUGGAAGGAACCAUGUCAAAGAGAACUCUACAAGGUGCUGGACAGAUUAGCCAAAGCCCAGCAGAAAGAUGGUGAAGAAAUUUACAAGUUUUACCUUCCUAACUGCAACAAGAAUGGAUUUUACCACAGCAAGCAGUGUGAGACUUCUCUAGAAGGAGAACCUGUCCUCUGCUGGUGUGUCUACCCCUGGAGUGGAAAAAAGAUUCCUGGCUCACCAGAGCUAAGUGGAGAUCCUGGUUGUCAUCGUUAUUUUAAUUUGCGCAACUAAAAAUGUAUUCUUUUCAUUACUUCAAAUGAGAAUUUUUAAUGUGAUACACUCUAUUUAUUCUCAAACCUAUACACAUAUAAGCACACACACAAAGAGUAUAUAUUUUAUAUGUUGCAACUACUUUUAUACUCCACAGGAUAUGUAAAGCUGUUGGAUUAUUUAUUUCACAGUAAAUUUAUUUUUUUCUACACAGUAACUUGAGUACUAUUAAUUUAUAUAGCAUGAACUAUUUCAUAAUUUUAUAUUGUAAAUAGUUGUAUUUUUGUUCUUGAAAAUAUGUGGAAUGUUUCCUUUUUUAAAGAGCCUAGGGGAAAAAAAAGAUUGAUUAGAAUAAUAUAAAUCAUACAGGCUUAAAACAAUGAGAAAAUCAGCAUACAAUCGAACUGUGUAAAGAUAAUUUUAAGAGCUUUUUAGAAAAUAGAUUUAACCUGUUGACCUUUGCAUCAGAAUUUAAUGUUAAUUUAAAAUGAAACGUAAACUUAAAUUAAAUAAGUAAACCUCAACAAAGUUUUGUCUUAUAUUUUAAAUGUAUAUGCACUGAAUAUAUUGUAUUGUAGUACAUAAACACAUUUUGGAAUAAAAUU